UACCGUUCUACUUCCGGCCCUGGCUCCGCCCCUCACGCCUGCGGGCCAUCGCAAUGCACUAUGGGUCACCGUUCCAGUCGUUCGACGCUUACCGGACAGGAAGCGUCUCGGAGACUGUCUGCGACCGGACAGCUCUAGGUGAGACAGAAGGCGAAGAGGAGGAGGAAGUGGAGGGACUGAGCUCUUGAAAUACUUCAACCAUGACUAAAAGAGAAGCAGAAGAGUUAAUAGAAAUUGAGAUUGAUGGGACUGAGAAACCAGAGUGCACAGAAGAAAGCAUUGUAGAACAAACCUAUACCUCAGCUGAAUGUGUAAGCCAGGCCAUAGACAUAAAUGAACCAAUUGGCAAUUUAAAAAAACUGCUAGAACCAAGACUACAGUGUUCUUUGGAUGCUCAUGAAAUUUGUCUGCAAGAUAUUCAGCUGGAUCCAGAAAGAAGUUUAUUUGACCAAGGAGUAAAGACAGAUGGAACUGUACAGCUUAGUGUACAGGUAAUUUCUUACCAAGGGAUUGAGCCAAAGCUAAAUAUCCUGGAAAUUGUGAAAACUGCGGAAACUGUUGAAGUAGUUAUUGAUCCAGAUGCUCAUCAUGCCGAAGCAGAAGCACAUCUUGUAGAAGAAGCUCAAGUGAUAACUCUUGAUGGUACCAAACAUAUCACAACCAUUUCAGACGAAACCUCAGAGCAGGUGACAAGAUGGGCUGCGGCACUGGAAGGUUACAGGAAAGAACAAGAACGCCUUGGGAUACCCUACGAUCCCAUUCAGUGGUCCACAGACCAGGUCCUGCAUUGGGUAGUUUGGGUAAUGAAGGAGUUCAGCAUGACGGAUAUAGACCUCACCACACUCAACAUUUCAGGAAGAGAAUUAUGUAGUCUCAACCAAGAAGAUUUUUUUCAGCGAGUACCUCGGGGAGAAAUUCUCUGGAGUCAUCUGGAGCUGCUUCGAAAAUAUGUGUUGGCAAGCCAAGAGCAACAGAUGAAUGAGAUAGUUACAAUCGAUCAACCUGUGCAAAUUAUUCCCGCAUCUGUGCAGUCUACUACACCAACUACCAUUAAAGUUAUAAAUAGUAGUGCAAAGGCAGCUAAAGUACAAAGAGCUCCAAGGAUUUCGGGAGAAGAUAGAAGCUCACCUGGAAACAGAACAGGAAACAAUGGUCAAAUCCAACUAUGGCAGUUUUUGUUAGAACUUCUUACUGACAAGGACGCUCGAGACUGUAUUUCUUGGGUUGGUGAUGAAGGCGAGUUUAAGCUAAAUCAGCCUGAGCUGGUUGCACAAAAAUGGGGACAACGCAAAAAUAAGCCUACAAUGAACUAUGAGAAACUCAGUCGUGCAUUAAGGUAUUAUUAUGAUGGGGACAUGAUUUGUAAAGUUCAAGGCAAGAGAUUUGUAUACAAGUUUGUCUGUGACUUGAAAACUCUCAUUGGAUACAGUGCUGCCGAAUUGAACCGCUUGGUCACAGAAUGUGAACAGAAGAAACUUGCGAAGAUGCAGCUGCAUGGAAUUGCCCAGCCAGUCACAGCAGUGGCCCUGGCGACUGCUUCUCUCCAAACUGAAAAGGAUAAUUGAGACCCAGGAGCUUCUGGGGAUCUAAGGUCUUUCUUAAAUAUUAGAGCAAGCAUCGCUCUUAACCUUUGUUACUGAAUUUGAAUCUUUUAUUUCUAGACUAUACAAUCUGAUGCAUUUUUUUUUAUAAAUGUUUCAUACUCGGUGAAUUUGGAUCUUUUUACUUUGAGCAUAUAUUUUAGCAUAAGUGUAUAUUAAAGGGUCACCACAAGGUGUCUGCGGUGUGAAAGCAGCUUCAUUUUGGAAUAGUUUGUUAAACAGUCAGAAAAGCUAAACUGGUCAGUAUUAAUGUCUAGCCCUACCAAAAACAGCCAGUAGCAUCUGAAGAUGAAAAACAAAUGAAAUAUCCCAGGAAACAGUCUGGCUUAGCUAUUUUUAAAAUGUAACUGUUUCCCUUCUCUGCUGCUUUAGAUGUUACUUUAUAUAGAACCAGAAUAUGGAAUUUCUCAGCUAAAGCAUGUGUGCCUGUUGCGUCUAGUCAAGCAGAGCUAAAAUGUUCGUAUCAAAUAAAUUUAUAAUAAACUACGAGUAUCAGGUUAGUAACAUAUUUGCAAGUAAAGGACAAUAAAAAGGUGACUAGCAAAGGAGCGGUGCUAAAGGGGGAGAUCCAGGUUUAAAUGGGGCUUAACUCCAGCCAGUGUUAAGCGUUGUCUGUGGAUGAUUCGUUAUGUCAGGCCACAGAUUUAAAUUAUUUUGAGAGAGACAUUUAAUUCUAAUAAACCAGUUAUUAUAAAGAUACUAAAAUGAUCUCUGUUUUUCCCGUCAGAGAUUUUAAAAAAUUGAAGUUACCUCAGCUAUAAAAUAAAAAGUUGUUUGAUUUGGUAUGACUUUUUUUAAAUUAGUCUAUUGUGUCUGUUUAUUGUGCAAAACAGCUUAUAUAUUGUGUUUCUGAUGAAGACUUUAAAGCAGACAGCAGUACUUUACCUUUCAAGAUGUUAGUAAAUUACUUGCAAAUAAUUAUAAAAGGAAAAAUUUGACCUUCAUUUUAGGUAGUUUACUCUUUAAAACAAAACUUCCCACUUAUUUUUCCUUUUGAAUAUUAUAUAUGUAUGUAUAUACAGAUGCAUACAUGUUCAGUUGAUCACUUUUAUACAUACGCAUGUAUGAAGACAUAGAUAUUCAAAGGGGUAUUAAAUAAUAUAUUUUUAAAAUUUUAAAAUUCUUGUAUGAAAUUACUAAGAGUUAACACUAAAUAGAAAUGGCUACAAAGUACAUCUUUUUGUUGUUUCAAGGCAUCUAUGCAUGAAUCAUGAUUUGAGAGACUGACAAAUAGCUUUUCUAGCAAAAUAUUGUUCCUCAAGUACUACCUUGUACAUCUUCUCCCUCAUUUCCUUUAAAUUUAUUCCCCAAAACAGGUUUAUAAGAGCUCAGCUUUAUAAGAGCUUAGUAAAUGCUAUUGACUAGGAGGAAACAACCAUGGGUACAAGCCAGGUGGCACUACCAAUGUUAAACAGGGAUUUGGAAUGAGUCCUUGGAGACAGGAAUUCUAAGGACAAAAAAGAAUGUUGUUUGAUCUCCUUUUCUGGUAACUUGAGUCAUAAUUUUCAAUGCUAUGCUAAAGGCCAAUAGCAUGUAUUGUUAGUUCAUUUGUACUGUAUUAAAUUCUUUAGUAUUCUGCCAUAAGUACUUUAAAAGAAUAGCAUUUAUAUCUUUCUUUUUUAUAAACAGAAUAAACUGACAAAUUACUAGUACAGUUUGGGCACUGAUUUUAAGAAUAUCUGAGUAAAAUAACAAUAUGAAGUAAUAUAUUUUAGAAGCCCUAACUUCAGAUAACAAAUAGGUAUCUGUAAAUAAGGUUUUGCAUCAUCUUCUAACAGCCUGAGGAGUUCACUUAAGUAAAGUUUAUUUUAAAAAUAAAGUAUACUGUUCUGGUUUAUGAGAAGCUCAAGAAUCUUGACUUUUAGAUUGAAAAUGCUUAUAGUUACAGUUUUAGCCAAGAAGAUAGGUUUUAUGUGUCUUCUGUAUGUGUAUAUGUUUUUAAAGCAGGAAGACCCAUGUUUCCUUUAGAUUCCUAAAAAUCAAACUUUAUUUUUUUCUGCUUUAAGCAUUCCCCAGAUUUUUUUUAAACUACAUUUUAUCUGUUUUCUUCCUUGACUUUUUUAUUUUAUUCCUCAUAAUUUGAACACUUUUCUCUCAUACAUGAUCAGCUGAGUUACUUUUUUUUCCAUCUCUUUCAUCACUGUCCACUGUACACUGUAACACAUACAAGUCCAUGACUGAUGUCUCCAGCUGACUCAACAGGGUUUCAUGAGUUUGUCUCAAAUAUAAAAGUUUCUAUUAUUCUUACUGAGGAUGUGAUCUGCUAGAUGGUCUUCCAUUAAAAACUAACCUGUGUUAUGAGAAGAUAUAAUUCAUGCUGUUUGCUGUUUCAUGAAUUUUUUGUAAGAGACUGUAGAAAACAUUUAAAGGAAAACAAAAUUGCUCAUCUUUUUGUACCUUAGAGGUACAAAAAUGGUGAAAUACACACUUUGGUUUUAAAAUUUUUUCCAUCUAGUUUUGCAUUGAGCCAGCUUCAUUCAUUCAUUGUCUUACUAGUCUGCACCCUGAAAAAUUUGUGUUGGCACUGGAAAAAUCAAACAAACUAGGCAAAAUUGUUGUAUGUGAUUGAUUAUCUUGUGACCCAACUAAUCACAUUGACUUAUUAUCAAUCCAUGUCAGUUCAUAAGGAAAAACUUUUCUCCCCAGAUUAAUGCUGAUACUCAGAUAAUUAUUUCUUUUAAAAGAUUGUGCCUCCAAAUGUUUUUGGUGAGGUUGUCUGUUUUCUGCAUUCAUCAUUUUAUGCUACUGCCUUUUAUAAAAAAACUAGUAUAUCUUUGAUAUAGCACAAAAAUGUUUUAAAACUCAUAAUUGAAAAACAAACCUCUUAGUAUCUUCAGAUCUAAAGGGUAUAAAAUAUUAAUAGUUCAAUAUUUCACUUGUUGCCAGAAAAAAAUAUUCUCAAUCUUUUGUAAAAGGGAGGAGGAUUUUUGCAUACAUUUUUACUCUUUAAAUAAAGACACUUAUACUAUCACAAUAACAAUUAUGUAUUUCUUUGUGUUUUUUUUGUAAUUUUACAUGAAACAAUUAUUUUCUAUUUUUACUCAGAUAAAAAUAUUUGUGCAUAAAAUGUAAAAAUAGUAAAAUGAGAAAAAUAAAAUUAUUAUACAUUA